AAAUGAGAUAGCAAGACCAAUAAUUCUAUCACGACUUACAUAUAUGUCCCACUUCCAAUCUUAUCUCUUCUUCCAUUGACUUGCCUCCCUAUAAAUACAACCUAUUCCAACUCCAAUUUUGCCCCAAACAAACAACACUUAAUUCCACAUCUAUACUCCACAAAACACACACACGCCCACAUAGUCACAUAUAUUCCAAUGGCUGCGAUCACAAUGGAGCCAAAUCUGAGCAGCCACCAAAUGAGAGGCAAAGCUUCCCAACACAAACUCCAAGUAGUUGAGGAAAUUGAGGGCAUCAUCAAGGUAUACAACAACGGCCACGUGGAGCGCCCCGAAAUCAUGCCAAGUGUCGGGUGCUCAUUGGCCCCUGACCUCGGGGUCACGUGCCGUGACGCAACCAUCGACACGUACACCAAUCUCUGGGCACGCAUCUACGCCCCAACCGCCGCUAACAAACUGCCCUUGCUCCUCUACUUCCACGGCGGCGGAUUCUGCGUCGGUGCCGCAUCCUGGGCCUGCUACCACGAAUUCCUCGCCAACCUCGCAGCCAGAGCCUCCUGCGCCGUCGUCUCCGUCAACUACAGGCUGGCGCCGGAGCACCCCCUCCCCGCCGCCUACGACGACGGCGUCAAGGCGGCGAUCUGGGCCAAGCAGCAGGAAUUCUCCGGCGGAAGCGAGUGGUGGGCCGGGAAAUGCGAUUUCUCUCGAAUCUUCCUCGCCGGCGACAGCGCCGGCGCGAACAUCGCCUACAAUGUGGGGCUGAGGGUGGCGAAUUCGAUCGGAUUCGGAGCGAUCAAGGGCUUGGUGAUGAUACAGCCGUUUUUCGGGGGCGAGGCGCGGACGCGGUCGGAGGUGUGCGCGGCGCAGCCGCCGCGGUCGGCGCUGACGCUGGCGGCGUCGGACGCGUACUGGCGGAUGGCUCUGCCGGCGGGGGCCGACCGAGACCACCCGUGGUGCAAUGCGGCAUCGUCUGCGGAGCUUCGGCGGGCGGGGGUGGCGGUGAUGGUGUGCGUGGCGGAGGCGGACAUAUUGAGGGAUCGGAAUUUGGAAUUUUCCGGCGGGUUGGCGAGGGAAGGAGUGAGGGUGGAGCAAGUGGUGAGUAAAGGCGUUGGGCAUGCGUUUCAGAUUCUGAAUAAGUCGCAUUUGGCCAAAACGCGCCUUCACGAGUUGUUCUCUCAUGUCCAACAUUUUGUGGGUAGAUGAUAAGUGGAAUUUAUCGGCCAUGUCACUUUUUUUUCUUUCUUUUUAAUUUUUUUUUUUUGAGAUGUGUAAUUACUAGUACUACUAAUUAGUGUUCAACAAGAUAUGAUGAAGUAGUUAGAAUUUAUUCCCGAGUUUAGUGUUUGAAAAGCUUUGUGUUUAUGCACCCUCCAAUUGGGGCAUAGUGGAAGAAGCCUUUUAAGAAAUGACAAAUACUGUCACUCAAACUCUCUUACACUAUUAA